CUCACACACACCGACAGAGAGAGAGAGAGAGAGAGAGAGAGAGCACCACUACUCUGCAGCUCCAGCGAGGCCAUUGGUCAGGAGCAGGAGGAACUGAUAGCUGCAAAUGUUUGGACUGGAGAAGUUCUCCUCUGCCAGCAACUGACCAACGUCACUGAGACGCUGCAGGACUUUACAGGAAAAACAAACUGUCAUUCUCCUCCUGCUGCCUGGUUCUCCCCACUCAUACCUCUGUUUCUCCCCUCCUGCUGCUCUACGCCAACCUUCACCCAGCCAACUGAAGGAUGGAGUCAUCACUGGUACCUGUCCUUGUGCUGCUGGGGUUGUUACUAACUUUAGUGGACAGCAAAGGAACUUUCUAUGGAAACCCUUAUAGAUACAACAUGUACAAGGCUGGAGUCAACCCACAUUACAACGCUGAAAAGCCACUGAGUCGUCACAAGAACCACUGUGCCUACAUUGUCCAGAGAAACAUCACCUGCACCAUACAGGAUGGAAUGGAGACCUACGUUAAGCCAGAAUACACCACCAGGUGCAUCUGGGGUCAGACAUGUCCUGUACUUAUGUACCGGACGUACUUCAAACCCAAGUACAAAAUCGGCCAUAAAAUGGUGACCGAAUUGGAGUGGCGCUGUUGCCCUGGUUUCACUGGAGAGAACUGCAUAGACAGCUCCUUGUCUGGCCCAGGUGCCAUAACUCCUCCAUUCAAGGGCUCCAUCCAGGGCCCCAGACCAGGGAUAAAGGGCUACUACCCCCACGCCCACCCUAGGAUACCUCCAGAGCACACAGCCAUCCCCGGGCCAGGGGUGGAGACUGUCCCUUUCCCAGGGGAUCAUGGUGAAAGCCGACCCAUCCCAACUGGACAGCUGUCUUCUGGGCACCCCAAAACCGGUUACGGUCCACAGGUGGAUAUCUCUGGUGAGCGCCUGGACCGUAUGGAGGAGGACAUACGACGGCUGUCCCAAGGCCUGGACACACUGAAUGGUAUGGAGGACCGUCUCCGAGUUUCCCUACGUGAGGACACCACCAAGAUGCUGAUGACCUUGCUGGGCAGUGCCCCCCGCCUGUCAGACCCCACUGUGGGCGUUGGCGUCCUAGACAGUGGCGAGGGUCUUCCCGUCCUCGGCGAGCUAGUGGGCAGGGUCACAGAGGUCAAAGAUCAGCUGCGUGAUAAGAGUACCAUGUUGGAGGAGCUCCGUGGCAUGGUGCUGGGUCACGACGGGCACCUGAAGAAACUAAUGGAGUCCGCCAAUGGAAGACCGAUCCCUGCUAGCAUGGACCUCAGGGCUCUGGAGGAGGCGCUGGACGCCAGGCUGGCUGGUGUGAGGGCAGAAUUUGAUAAGAGGCUGACCAGCCUGGAGAUCCAUUGCAAUGAGAGGAUUGAACAGGUACAGCAGGAGUGUCAUCAGGAGCAGCUGAGCGGUCAGAGCCUGGAGGGCCGUGAGGCAGAUCUGAAGGAGGAGCUCCAGAGGCUCAAGACGCAGGUGCAGGGCCUCACGCUGACCGAGGUCAGCCUGUCGCAGCGUGUGCAGCUGCUGGAGGAGGCUGUCAGAGACCUGACGGAGUCACAAAGGCAGCUGCAGGUGGUGCUAACGGAGCAGACACUCCACAUGGAGGGACUGCUGGAUGCCCGCCUGGUCGGCAUAGAAGGCAGAAUUAACGUCACCAAGAGGGGCGAGGGCGGGCCAGGCAGGUCAGAUGUGGGGGCAGGAUCCUUGGAUGGGUUUAACCCCCUUCUGGACAAGAAGCUGAGGAACCUGGAGGAGAGGCUGAUCUUGGUGGUGGAGGAGCUGAGCAAUGCCACGGCCCCAUCCCUGCUGGAGGGCCAGGUGGUGCCAGCGCUGGAGACCGAAAUCGAGAACAUGCGUCGGAGGGUGGAGACCGAACUGGAUGGCCUUCAGAAUCAGCUGACGGACCUGGAGCUGCUGUGCACAUCGACCUGCUCUCCCGCACCCGGCCGGGACUCCACCCAGGACUUCCAGACUGAGGUGGAAGAGUGCAAGGAGGUGGAGAAGAAGCUGUCAGAACGCCUGGACGCUCACUCUGACAUGCUAGAGCGCCUGAACAGAACGAUGCAGGGCGUCAUGGUACAGCUGGCCCGCGACGAGCAGGACAUGCUGCAGGGGGAGAUCACCCUCCUCAAGAUCAACGUCAACUCUGUGAACCGCACAUUGAAGGGGCUCCGCGACUCUGUACACCUGUUCACCCGAGAGGUGGGCCACGCCAACUCCUCCUGGCAGACACGUGAGCAGCGGCUGUCGUCGCAGGUGCGGGGCGUGGCGGAGCAGGUGGGCCGCCAGGCGUCGCUGCUGGGCGCGGGCGAGCGACGGCUGAUCCAACUGAAGGGUGAGCUGCAGGGCCUCAGGCACCAGCUGGAGAGCGAGCUGCACAUCUGCCGAGGCACGGCCCUGGGGGUGCGUCGAGAGGUGAUGGGUGUGGAGAGCCGCGUCAGCCGCGUAGAAGGCCAGUGUGGCAGCCUCAGCGAGCUGGGACGUGAGCUGGAGAGGAUCCGGGCGGAGCUAGAGAGCCACUCGGACACCUACCUGGCGCAGGUAAAUGGAACACUGGCCAGCCACACCCAACAGCUGGCACAGCUGAAAGAUGGGCUGGAAGAGUGCGUGAGCAAGGCAGACUCCGCCCAGCAGCAAGGUGACCAGUAGCCCACAGGCUACAGACUCCGCCCAGCAGCAAGGUGACCAGUAGCCCACAGGCUACAGACUCCGCCCACCAGCAAGAUGACCAGUAGCCCACGGACUACAGACUCCACCCACCAGCAUGGUGGCCAGUAGCCCACAGGCUACAGACUCCGCCCACCAGCGUGGUGACCAGUAGCCCCAAGGGUACAAACUCUGCUCUAGCUUGUACAGAUUAGCAGUUUCCUUUCCUUUGAUUUAGCUUCCAUUCUUCCUCAGCAGGGCUGUGUUCUGUCCUCUUUCACUCUGUCUCUACUGUUCUGUUCAAUAACUUAAGGACUGUAUCCUUAUAUCAGGUCUGGUUCAGACCAGUUUUUCCCUGUCCCUCUGCUCAAGUAACCCUGCUUAGCACUGCUUACAGUGAUGUAACACACAUUCUGAUUACAGUGAUGUAACACAUUCUGCUUACAGUGAUGUAACACAUUCUGAUUACAGUGAUGUAACACACAUUCUGCUUACAGUGAUGUAACACACAUUCUGAUCACAUUGAUGUAACACACAUUCUGAUUAUAGUGAUGUAACACAUUCUGAUUACAGUUGUGUAACACACAUUCUGCUGCAGUGAUGUAACACAUUCUGCUGCAUGACUGAAAUCAGGUGUUUCAGCCCAGGGACCGAGGAACACUGGAAUAGGUGAUUAGUAAGAUCAUAGCUAACACACAGCAAUGAGAAUGAUGUCAGAACUAUAAGCUGCUACAGGUUUCUAAAACCACUCACUCCCAUUCCCCUCUACAUUCUUCUCUUUUAAAGUUACUGUAUGUCAACAAUAAUGGUGCUAAACAUAUUUUAUAAACCUUGUGGUGUGUGAAUUGUUUGUAAGAGAAAUAUAUGCCUCUGACUUAUACUGUAUUUGUUUUUUGUUGUUUCUAAGAGAUUAUAAUUUUUCAAGAUUAAAAAUGUUUUAAAACCCUAAGUGAAAUAAGUGAAAUGUUGGAAACACUGCAUUGGCAAUCACUCAUAAAGAUGGCUUGGUUGUGAUGGUUUCAACAUUUACCACCAGAGGGCAGCAAUAACUUAAAUAAA